ACUGCUGUUCUUUCACACGCAGGAGCCCGGAUGUAACCCGACUCCUGUCAUGUGGUGUUCUUUGUUUCUCACUCUGCUUGCUUUCGGUUUUGACUGAGAGAAGAUGGCAGAAUGCUUCUGCAUCUCUCUGUAAUAAAGUAGUUUAGCAACUACAGAAUGUGUAGCAACUACAGAAUGUGUCUUCAGAUAGGUCUGUAUGAGCAUGUAAGAACCACUUCAAAGCCCCUGCAAUUAGCAUGUGAAGAGUUAAUGAACCUUGGAAAACUUCCCAAAUUGUGUUUCUGGUACCCCCUUUAAUCCUAGGCAAUCAACCCCUGUAAAAGCUUGUUUGAGGUAAUAGCCUGGGGGUAAUGAGCCAUUAGCACAACAAAUCAUCAAAGAACUAAGUGUGAGAAUGCAGAUAGUGGGGCCUCUCUCUGUGUUACAAAAGACCUGGUCUUGGGUUAGAACAUGUGGGAUAAGACCAUUCUAUGAAAAAGGCAAGGAUGUUGCUGUGUCUACCAUAUGAUACAGACAGAAACUUCCGGAGGGAGGAAGGCUGUGGGCCCUUCCAUUGUAGGCUUCAGAUUAUAUAUGUGUGUAAAUAAACCAUACAUCAUAAAGACGCCAGAGUCUGUAUCCCACAGGAAACACAGACCCUGGGUUAAAGUGUGCCUGGUACCUCUGGAAUCUCACACUGCUCAAAGAUAGGGUGACAUAUAACAAUAUUUUCAGCAUUAAGCUGCCCAGAUUCCACUUUGUUCAGAGAUGACAGAAGUGGUGCUAAUAGUCUCUAAGCAGCAGAUUUAGUAAUUCAAAACUGGAGUUCCUUAUACAAGCUACACAGUCCAUGUGCCCCAUGUUUUGACUCUGGAUUCCCAGUGGGUUAGGCCCUUGCAGUUGGACUGUGUGAUGAGUCAUGAUGAGUCACUGUUCCUUUAAUUAGGGCAUUCUUAACAGGAUUAUUACAUAGCUAGUUACACCUCUGCCUUGAUUUAUCUGUGUCUUUUGUAGAAUUUUUGAACUACAUGUUUCUACUAGGGCAUGAAUCCUCUUGCACACCAAUUGCAUCUUAAAAUGCUUCUUGAGUUCAACAGCAAGCUAGUAAGAGAAUUGCUUAAACAAAGCAUUAAGCUUUGCUAGUGUUUCUCAUAUUGUGUCAUGUGACAUAGGCUUUUAAAAUCAGUUAUGUUUGGAUCACAGACAGCUUUUAGUCUAGUCACCUGUGUAAAUUAAAAUUGCUGGAAUGAAGAAGCAUUGGUAUUACUACUAUUGCUGCGAUUAUAAUUAUUAUUUCUUCCAUUUAUAUCCCUCUAAAGGAGCCUAGGUCGGUCAACAGCAUAUCAUUAAAGCAUUCUAAAAUAAGUGACAUCCUUGGCCAAUGAUUUCAGUAACAGUAUCAAGCAUCAGAUGCCUGGGGUAAACAAUAAUGUUUUGAUAUUCCUCCUGUAAGCCAAUAAUGAAGGGAAAAGAUGUACGGUAUCUCACCAGGGAGGGCUUUCCACAAAGGGAGAACCACUGCUGAGAAGGCCCUGUCAUGAGUCAAUACUAAUGAGUUUGUCACCAGUGGUGGAACAACCAACAAGGCCUCAACAUGCAGGUUCAUAUGCUUUACAUCAGACUUCUGCAGGUUCCAAGGUGCAUGGACAACUGAGGCCAGACUAUCCCAGCUGAGGAAAAGAGGCUUAGCCCUGUGCAAAAGGCUGGUCCAGUCACAAGGGUUAUAAGGUUAUAGUUAGUGGUGUAGCUAGGUAAUCUGUUGAUCCCAGUCACAUUAAUGAGAUAUGACUGUCCUGAGAGAGAGGAAUGCCCUAGAACAGAGGUUUUCAACCUUUUUGAGUCCACAGGUCCCUUGACCAACUACAUUCUUUCUGUGGCAGCCCUGUGGGGUUCAGGAGCCCAAUUAUGUCACCCCUUGCCUGCAGAGCUGGCAGCAUCUCACCUUUUCUCGAACACUCUCCUUUGUGGAGUGUUCCCUCAGCCUCCUCUCUUCUCCAAUCUGCUUGGGAGUCAGCCGGGCAGGUCUCUGAGCUGCACCUCCCUGCCCCAAAGAGAGGUGCCUUCUCACACCAUCCCAGUCCAUUCCCAAUGGUAAGGCCUGGCAGACUGGCUGGCUGGGCUCCCUUUCCCACUCACUUGCUUACUCUGAGGCUGUUCAGCUCCUAGCAACCAGCACCCCUGACCAGCUCCAGAGCCACCAUUUGCCUGGGGAGCUUUGUAGCCCAGGGCUGCUGCAACAAACAGCUGUGCAAGCCUUUGGGAGGCAGAGAUGUGAGAGGGCAUCAGAGGAAGGGAGGGAAUGAAAGAGGGACAGAGGCCAGUGUUGCCCAUGGCACCCCUGACCACCAUUUAAGGCACCCCAGGGUGCCACAGCACACAGGUUGAAAACCACUGCCCUAGAAUAUGACAUUCCAGUUCCAAGGGGUGUCUCAUUUCAAGAGUAAGGUGUAUCCCACACUCUGCUAGCAUCACUGAGCCAUGAUCACUUCUCUGCCAAAAACAGUGGCGAAUGGAGCCGCUUGGCUGCCUAGGGUGGCAAACGCGGAGGUGCCCCCUGGGGACGGGGCGUCGUGACGCACGGCGCAUGGAGUGUGCACGUGUGGGAUGCUGCACAUGCGCAGUCAGUACACGCUGCUGCUGGCGCACGUCAGCCUGUAACAGGCUGCUGCUAGCACACAGUGCACCACCCCCGUAUGGAGUGCACAUAUGCGGGGUGCUGCACAUGCGUAGUCAGUAUGUGCUGCUGCUGGCGCACAGCAGCCUGUAAUGGGGUGCCACUCACAGGGCAGCUGGCACAGACUGUGUAUGCCUGUAUGGCGCAUGCGGGCGGAGGGGCGCCCCCCAAGUGGACCCCCCCCUGGAGCCCGGAGCAGCCCGCCCCUACCGCCCCCUUGCUACACUACUAGCCAAAGUCAAGGAGUUGAAUGCUUCAGGCUCAAUGGAAUGAGGCCAAUAAACCACUUCCCGUUUGAAAGUAGGAUGAAAGAUUGCACACGUUUUAAGGGUCCAGACUCUCAUCCAGCUUACAUUCAGUAUUGCAUUUGGUGUUUUAUUCUGGAUUGUUUUAUUUGAUGUUGUGAUGCGUUGUAAACCACAUUGAGAUUGUUUUCUUUAAAAUAUAAAGUGGUAUAAAAAUGAAGUUAAUAAUAAUGGUAGUAAUAAUAACAAUGGUGAUUAGACAUUCCAUUGUGGCAACCUAGGUUUAAGGUGCCAUUUCGCAAUUAGCUUAUAUAUUUUGAGUUUCUAACACUGAUGAGUGUGUGUAGAAACUAGACUACUGUACAAAGUUAGAAUUAACAUUCAGUGUUGCCCCUACUCUUGCCUGUGGCCCUUGAAAGGUUGGUCAGAAGGGAAUGUGGCCCUCAGGCUGACAGCGGCUCCUCACCCUUGAUGUAAAGCAUAUGAACUGCCACUGAUCUGUUGCUCCCUACCAUUAUCCUCUCAUGUCAUUAUUACCGGUAACCUAUUUUCCUCCCAGCUGAGCUCAAAAUACUGAAAAUAAGCCACCAACAGGGAGAGUUAGGGGCAUUUUCAGGAGAGUUUGGCACACACACACACUGCUUAGUUCCCCACAUAGAGCCUUCCUUGCAUUCAAGCAAUCUUGACCGAUACUUGUACUUCAAUCUAAGAGUUCAGUCAUUUAAGUUGUGGGUACUGUAUUGUGCUUCUAUGAACCUUAGCAUUAAUGUGCAGGUGCUGUUUUAAAAAUCACUUUAACAGCAGUUUUAAAUGUUCAGAUAAGACUUCUGCUAAUAGAAAUGCCAGCUUGCUAUCUAGAGUGAUCAAUACCAAAACAGUGAUAUGAACUUACCAGCAUGCUGAGUAAACAGUGUUAUGUUAAGGAUGAUGUCAGAUGAGAGGAUUUGUCAGCUGAAUUAUAUAUAUGCAUCAUAGCAGGGCACCAAUAAUUUCCGGUGGAGAUACUGAACAAUAAUCAAAAUGGUGCAGAAUAGCUGUUGGCUAGCUCAUUCAGGUGUCUUUUAAGGACCUGAUACAGUCAGUCAUAGUGUAGUUCUUAGUGAUUUCUCUCGGCUGCAUGUCAAAUAAGGUUAUUUGCUUUACUGACAUGCAGAUUUGCAAAGUACACUUGACUCUGUGUACUCAUCAUGAAUCAUGUAAGUUCUUAUACAGGGCUUGGAUUUGAGGUCUCUCUAAACACUGGACGGACAACAUUUAGUUAAAUUACAAUUGUGAAAGUGCAGAAUUCAUAGAAUCAUAGGAUUGGAAGGGACCCCAAGGGUCAUCUGGUUCAACCUCCUGCGAUGUAGGAAUCACAACUAAAUAAUCCAUGACACAUAGCCAUCCAACUUCUGUUUCAUUUCCAGACAUAUUAAUGGAUAAUAACUGCAGAGCUUUUAUCUAACAAGCAGAAUAUAAACAUGAUCACUCAAGGUGGAAUGUGCCUCAAAACAGCACUGGGUUAUCAGCUAACCCAGUUCAUUUUAUUAUUUACUUAUUUAUCAAAAAUAUGUUUAGGGUGCUUUUCUGGGCAAAUAAUCAUCCUUGUAAUCAAAUAAAAAACAACAAAUUUUUAAACUACAACUCAGCAACACUAUUUUUUUGUUUUAACAGAGCCAGAAGAAAUGUAAUUUUACCCAUCAUUAGGGAAAUGGAUAUUUCCUUUCAAGCACCAGUAAAAUCUGUCAUGCAAGUUUUGGUAAUUAAGAUUGCUUAUCAAGUUAUCCAUAGUUUAACCUCACCAGAAUAUAAGUAAUUAGAGAAUUAGAGCUCUUUUCCCAUCACAACUGAAAUAAUCUUCAGAAACUGGUCUGCAGAAUUAAUAAUAAAUUUAUGUAUAUGUCUCCCAUCUCACUGGGUUCCCCCAGCCACUUUGGGUGGCUACCGACAAAUUUAAACACAAUAUGACAUCAAACAUUUAAAAACUUCCCUUGAACAGCGCUGCCCUCAGAUGUUUUCUAAAAGUCAGAUAGUUGUUUAUUUCCUUGACAUCUGAUGGGAGGGUGUUCUACAAAGCGGUGACGAGCACCGAGAAGGCUCAUUGCCUUUUAUUCUACAAAAGGAUUCCAUAGAACUGUCCCUCUUUUAAAGUGACCACUUCCUAUGAGAAACAUUCUUUUAUAAUUUAUGUGUUUAAAAACCAUCUGUACAACAAAUACACCCAUUAUAUAUGGAUCAGAGAACAUCUAGGUCAUCUGCAGAACUUGUAUUUACAUGGGAUUUCAAAGGGAACCUUCAGGUUGGUUACUCUUGCUGCUGUAUGAAGGCAUCACCUUAUCCCUGCUCUGUCUGGGUACAGGGCAAACUCAUCAAUGCUCUUCUCUGGGCCCAAUUACAUAUGCUUCUUGUGCUUCCAACACAGCGGCACAAAGUAUAUGGGGCGGAGGGGGCUUCAGCCACUUCAAUAUUUUGGGGCACAGGACUCAGCCCCCCUCCAGUUGAGGGGGUUACCACCCCCGUCAGCCCCCCCCCCCGGUCCUGCUGGGCAAGCACUCAGUAGCUGGGCGGGACUUGCAAGGGUGCACAUCACCCUCCGUGUGCCCCAUCCCUCCCACAUUCUGGGUGCAGCUAGUAGCUAAACCCAUCAAGAAACACACAGCCAAUAAUAUUAACAGCUUUCUCUAUCUGCUAGGAUUUAAGAAAUCUGCUUUGAAUAAAUGGUGCCUGCAGUCUGCAGUUACUAUAAAAAUAAACAUUUUAAAGUGUGCUGCUCAGUUAAUCAAGGAUGCCUUUUAGUCUGUAUUGUUUCUGGCCAGUAAUCCAGAUUAUUAUUUUCCCCAAGCCCUGUGAACCAUGUUUGGCAAGUUGGUGGAGCCGUCCUCCUGUCAUUCACCUGAUGUCACAAUGAUGUGAGGUGAUCCUAUUUUGCCCACCUGAAAUCAAACUAUGCAGGCAAGGUAUCAGUGAUCAUCAGAUUGUUGGUUCUUGUGGAGUGCUUUGCAAGUUGAAAUAAUCAGCUGAUCAUUAGGGCUUUGUAGGUGUGCCUGCAAACUCCCUAUUGGCUUGAGCCAGGUCUUUGCAUGCCUAUUUCUGAUGUCAAGUGCAGGGCAGGUGGAGGUGGCUUGGCCAAAAUGGCGAGGCCUUAUGGGCCUAACUUGGUUUGCCACUGUUCCAUGGUAUGACAUGUUCAAAGCUGUGUUCCUCAAGGGCUGCCCUAGAAAAUGGUCCAGAAAAUUCAAGUGAUGCAGAAUGUAACUGAUAAGGCUAUGUGUGUAAGACCAUCUACAACCUACAUUACAGUGUUUACACUGAUUGUUAGUUUGUGUCCAAGCCCAAUUCAAGGUGCUUAUUGACUACUAAAGCCCUACAUAGGAUAAUACCUCCUCCCUCCUUGUGUGAUGUGGCUGCCUAUUAAGCAGGGCUGUCCUCAAAAUUCCAGAGAGAAAAUCACAGUGACUGGCCUGGCCUCCCCUUUAACCAUCAGUAAACUCAUUCAACUAGAUUUGGAAUGGGGAUGUCUUUUUUUCUGAGCCCUGUUUUAAAAGUCAAAGCUUAUCACAUGCCAGAUAGCACCUUUUUGGAGUCAGACUACCUCCUUCACCUUCCCUCACUUGUCUCCGAAACCUGCCCUAUAGUUGAAAUAAGGGCUAUUUGAAUGAGCUUCCAAUUAUCAAAGCUGUAAAAUGAAAUACAACUGGUAAGUUCAACGUAAAUAGUUAUUAGCUAGUGGUUAAGAGCCAAGUUUGGCAAUGCAACUUACUAUAUUGCCAUGCACUGUGACAUCAACCCAAGGCAGUUACUCCCUGGAUAAAGACACAGCACUGCUCUUGACCCAGUUUUCUGAUAUCCAAAAGCAUUUGCUAUUUGUAUAGACGGGUCAACAGGUGCACAUGCACAGAGAAACUUCCUUUUUAUUAUUUGCCACUCUGUGCACAGUUUCUCAAAAAAACGAAACUGUAAGGAGUAGAACAUUUGUCAGACUAAUUAUAGUGUCAAUUGCUACUUCUCAUGAGAAAUUUCAAACACACCUUCUGAAAUAAGUGAUUCAGACAAAAAGCCGCUUAAGAUCAUAAGCCCUGCUGGAUCACACCAAAGAGCCACCUAGUCCUGCAUCCUGUAGCCACAGUGGCUAACCAGAUGCCUAUGGCAGUGGUUUUCAACCAGUGUGCCGUGGCAUCCUGGGGUACCCUGAACCAUGGUCAAGGGUGCCGUGGGCAACACUGGCCUCUGUCCCUCUUUCCUUCCCUCCCUUCCUCUGAUGCCCUAUUAUGUCUCUACCUCCCAAAGGCUUGCAUAGAUGUUUGUGGGAACAGCUCUGGCUACAAGCUUUCCGGGGAAAUGGUGCCUCUGGGACUGGCCAGGGGGUGCUUCCCAUGCCCCUGUGGGGCAGUGUGAGGAGGUACCUCUCUUUGGGGUGGGUGGACAGCUCAGAGACCAGUGGUGGCAGCUGCAGCUGCCCAGAGGACUUCCAAGGAGAGGGUAGAAGAGAGGAGGCUGAGGAAACACUCCACAAGGGAGGGUGUUCAAAAAGGGGUGAGGGGUUGCCAGCUCUACAGGCAAGGGGUGACAUAACUGGGCUCCUGAGCCCCACAGGGGUGCCACAGAAAGAAUACGGUUGGUCAAGGGAGCCAUGAACCCAAAAAGGUUGAAAACCUUUGGCCUAUGGGAACCAGAUGCAUGCAGGAACAUGAACACAACAGAACAUUCCCCACGUGCUCCCUAGCAACUGAAAUUGAGUGGGGAUACAUGGCCAUUGUAGCAUGACAAUAGUUAUCGAAGACAAGACUAUCAAUGGCUAUCUAAAACCCUUUUAAAACCAGCCUUAUUCUUUGCAUGUUGAAUCCCGUGUAUAUAUGUGUGUGCAUUUGGGAUCAGCGACUGGUGGCUCGCUAUUCAAAUCAGAGCCCACCUGUUUUACUCCACUAUCACCACCCCAGUCCAGGAGCAAUGGUAGAGAAUAAUAUGUCUCUAGUCAAGUACUUUGCAGUAAUGCCUCAUCUUGAAGCACAUUUGACUUACACCAUUUCAACAAUAUGCAGUUGAAGGCAGGCUGGUUGAAAUUGCAGAAGUCAAGUUCCAAGCAAGGCAGAGAGCUUAAAAGCUCUUUUCACUCCACGUUGGCUUGGGGUUACAAACUCUCUGCUGGACAUGUUCUCUCUUUUCCCCUCACCUGCUAGCCACGUAAAAGCUCCAAGGGUUUGAUUAUAUAUUAUUUUUGUGUACAUGUGUAACCCUUGUAAGUGUGUCUAGUGUGCUAUGCGUUCAGUUGAGGAACUGAGAUUAUUCAGUUGAGGAACUGAGAUUAUUCAUUGCUUAUCCUGAGCAAUAAAACUGUUUACACUUGGAGAGCUCCACUUUCAGGAAGCAAUUCAGUUUUGUCAAAAAGUAGGAUUAAUAUUUACUCACAAGUUGAGAGUUUCAGUUAAAGGGCUGACUAAGGUUCCUAGCUAGUAUCACAUGGUCUAAAGUUUUUUUAAAAAAUUGAUUUCAGCUUCACAGCCAAAGAUUUAACAGAAGAGGGCAUUAAAAAGAGUAAAGUGUGAUAGCACACACAGAAACUACAUGUAAAAUGAAAGUGGCUGGCUAUGUCAAGUCUGCAAACUGCAAAGAAAACUCAAGGUCCAGGAGCAAGUGUGGCUGUCUCCCACUAGAUCAGGCAUCCCCAAACUUCGGCCCUCCAGAUGUUUUGGACUACAAUUCCCAUCUUCCCCGACCACUGAUCCUGUUAGCUAGGGAUCAUGGGAGUUGUAGGCCAAAACAUCUGGAGGGGCCACAGUUUGGGGAUGCCUGCACUAGAUUAUAGCAUGGACAGAUUUCCACCAUUCCAUACGUCUUCCACGGGUAUCAUGUUCCAUGCUUUCUGUGUCCAGUUUUUCCAUAGAAGUGUAAAAGUUUCAGAACUGCACAACACUCUUUUCAGUAGAUUUGUGUGUCUGUGUUUGUAGAUGAGCCUUGCCCAAGAGAGUGCUUUAAACUACUUCCAUUUCAGUUUUCAUUAUAAACUCUAUUUUGGUACAUCUCCAUUUAAGCCUUAUAUAUAGUACUUGGGCAGCCUUUAUCUAUAAUAGGCAUAGUGCAGUUUAUUUUUCCUACCUACAUCACCCCCUGGUGAUUGCUGCUAAUGGGACAUGCUGUCAGUAAAGAGUUGUGACCUCUCAGAGUUGUGGUACAUAAAUGUGUACAUAUUUAACUUCCUUCCAUUUUUAAAGGAGGGGAUUACUAAUACUCCCCCCCCCAAAAAAUCCUAUAGUGCUUUCAGUGUCUACACCACUUGAAUUUAUUUUAAAACUGGGUCAUGUCACUCUUAAACCGUUCUGUUCUUCAUUUUGUUUAAAUAGCUUAAUUUGCUCCAUUGGCAGAACACGCUGUGAGGUUGGUGUGGUUUAAAGAUUGCCCCUUCCUCCUCGGGUGCCUUCCACCUCAGAUGACACCUUUUGGCUCCUUUGCAUGGGUUCUCAACUAUGUGUGCUAGGUAGGGCGGAAUCAUGUUUCAUCUGCUGGCAAGUCUUUACAGCUUCCUUUGUUUUCUCUGGACUGCUUUUAAAGAAAGAAAGAUAGAGGAAGCCUGUGUGUUAAGAGUCCACAGCUCACAUGAUGUCAUGCUGUUAUUUUUCAUGAACUAAUGCCUUCCCUGUUCGGGGAGGAGCUGCUGAGUAAUUAAAUGAUUCAUUGGUUUCUGUAUUAAGCCACCUUCCUUAAGACUUCAUUUUACUGCAUGCAGCGAGUGAGUGUAGAAUAGGUUUCAGUACAGCUAUUGUAGGCAUGUUGCUCCUUUGUUCAAGUCAUGCACUGGGAACAGCUAUUGCGGCUCAGAAAAGCCAAGAUCGAGCGAUUAGAUGUAAACAGUCUAGCACAAACAUCCAGUGCAGUGGCCUCAAGCACAGAGUGCAGCAUCAACGCAGAUUCCAUUGAUGGAACGCCAGAUCCUCAGCGCACAAAAGUGGCCAUCACCCACCUGCAGCAAAAAAUACUGAAGUUGACUGAGCAGAUCAAAAUAGAGCAAACAGCUCGGGAUGACAAUGUGGCAGAAUACCUAAAACUGGCCAAUAAUGCGGACAAGCAACAGAGUGCCCGCAUCAAGCAGGUAUUUGAGAAGAAGAACCAGAAGUCAGCCCAGACAAUCCUCCAGUUGCAGAAGAAGCUAGAGCACUACCAUCGGAAGCUGCGAGAGAUCGAACAGAAUGGUAUUCCUCGACAGCCCAAAGAUGUAUUGAGGGAUAUGCACCAGGGGCUGAAAGAUGUGGGAGCAAAAGUCACUGGCUUCAGCGAAGGAGUGGUAGACAGUGUUAAGGGUGGACUUUCCAGUUUCUCCCAAGCAACCCAUUCGGCAGCAGGAGCUGUCGUCUCCAAACCCCGGGAGAUUGCCUCACUCAUUAGGAACAGGUUUGGGAGUGCAGACAAUAUUGCUAAUCUGAAGGACUCCUUGGAAGAAGGUCAAGAAGAUGGGACUGGGGGGAAAACUCUAGGUGUUCAUAAUUUUCAGUCAAGCCCAAAAUAUGGCAGUGAGGACGAUUGCUCCAGUGCCACAUCAGGCUCUGUGGGGGCCAACAGCACCACAGGGAUCCCUAUGGGAGCACCAAGCUCCAAAACGAACACUCUGGACAUGCAGAGCUCAGGGUUUGAUGCAAUACUGCAUGAGAUUCAAGAGAUCAGAGAGAUGCAAGGACGACUGGAGGAAUCUUUUGAGAACCUUAAGGUUCACUAUCAGAGGGAUUAUUCCUUGAUAAUGCAGGCUCUGCAGGAAGAAAGAUACCGAUGUGAACGGCUAGAAGAGCAGCUGAAUGACCUGACUGAGCUCCACCAGAACGAGAUCCUUAAUUUAAAGCAGGAAUUGGCCAGCAUGGAGGAAAAAAUAGCUUAUCAGUCUUAUGAACGAGCCAGAGACAUCCAGGAGGCAUUGGAGGCAUGUCAAACCAGAAUCUCAAAGAUGGAACUGCAGCAGCAACAGCAGCAAGUUGUCCAAUUGGAAGGUCUUGAAAAUGCCACUGCCAGAAACCUCCUGGGCAAACUAAUUAACAUCCUCUUGGCUGUCAUGGCCGUUCUGUUGGUCUUUGUCUCCACCGUGGCCAACUGUGUUGUCCCCCUCAUGAAAACUCGCAGCAGGACGUUCAGCACUUUAUUUAUAGUGGUCUUCAUUGCCUUUUUGUGGAAGCACUGGGACGCCAUCACUGGCUACUUGGAACGGUUCUUUUCUUCCCCUAGAUGAUGUCGAGAAGAGCUGGCUGUUGCCCUACCCACUCCGGUUUGCUCUGGCAAGUGAGCAUGGCAAAGCUUAAUCAGCCACUCCUUCCUCUGCUGAAGUUUUAAAGUGUCAGAGUGUGAAUUUGUUUACAGUUAAAAUAACAUUUUCUCUCUAUGAGACACAUUGGCAAUAGUAUUUUUUAGAUUUUAUUCAAGAGCUCUUUUUGGCAAAAAAAAAAAUCCUGGAUACUUUUUAUGUAGCAUGGUUCUCUUUGGAUGCAAAUCUUUAAGUUUCCUUAAGUGUACAAAAAUAAAACACC